AUGACUCGCUCGCUUCUCUUACAGCGCCUACAGACGCUCGCUGAGCAGCAACCUCCCAGCCAGCCGCCCAGCAGACCGCGUGACCUGCCGGCGGAAGCUGCGCAAAGGGCGGAGGCUGCCCGCCGCGCAGGCGGCCCCGCGGCAGCAACAGCACAGCGAAGGGAAGCAACCGCAGCAAGGAGGGCAGGUGGGGAAGCACGGGAUGGAGGGGGGCGAGCGAAGGAGCGGCGUGGUGGCGUGCGCCCCGACCCCAAGGUGAGAGCCCCCCACGCGAGAGAGGGCGAGGUGAGAGAGGGCGAGGUGAGAGAGGGCGAGGUGAGAGAGGGCGAGGUGAGAGAGGGCGAUGUGAGAGUGGGCGAGGUGAGAGAGGGCGAGGUGAGAGAGGGCGAGGUGAGAGAGGGCGAGGUGAGAGAGGGCGAGAUGAGAGAGGGCGAGGUGAGAGAGGGCGAGGUGAGAGAGGGCGAGGUGAGAGUGGGCGAGGUGAGAGAGGGCGAGGUGAGAGAGGGCGAGGUGAGAGAGGGCGAGGUGAGAGAGGGCGAGGUGAGAGUGGGCGAGGUGACAGAGGGCGAGGUGAGAGAGGGCGAGGUGAGAGUGGGCGAGGUGAGAGUGGGCAAGGUGAGAGAGGGCGAGGUGAGAGAGGGCGAGGUGAGAGAGGGCAAGCUGGGCAUCAUCCCGCGGCUGAAGCAGCACGGGCGGUGGCGGCACUACAGGCGGUGGUGCAAGCACACGGCGCCCUGGCUGCCCCUCACUCUGCUCAACGCCCACACUUGCCCUUCUGCGGCCCCGCUGUGGGGCGAGGAGGAGUGGGAGGAGGAGGACGAGGAGGAUGAGGAGGAUUGGGGAGAGGGGGAGGGAGAGGAGGAUGAUGGGGAAGAGGAGGAUGAAGUGGUGGAGUCGGAGAGACAGAGGAGGGGUGGAGGCAGGGGGGGUAAUGGAGAGCGGUGGAGGGGUGGAGAGUUGGAUGGUGAUGAGUGGUGGGGAACGAGGAGGUGGGGAGCGGAGCGACAGAGAGGGCAGGGAGGGGGCUCGAGGAACAGAGAGAGACGAGAGGGUGUGGAAGGGAGAGGUGUUGGGAAUGCGGGGGGCGGGGAUGCACUGGAGAAUGGUGGGGUCGACCGUGCAGCUGACGCACCGCGGGCCAAUGGCGUUCCUCGUGCUGAGGUGGCACGUAACAAUGUCACUUUUGCUGACGGUGCUCGUCUUGCUGACGUGGCCCUUGUUGACAUGGCCCGUGCUGCUGACAUGGCCGGUGCAAGCGCGGAUGAGAGGGACGAGUACCCUGCGAGGCUGGCAGCGCGGAUCGCUGGCAUGGUGGCGAGCAGGAGGGAGCAAGGCGGCACAGAGAGGCUCGGGGUUGAGGGCGAGGAGGGAGGGGCCGGGGAUGGAGGAGGAGGAAAUGGCAGUGCACGGUGGAGGGAUGGGGUUCUAGAGGGGUGGAAUAGAGGGGAGGAGAGGCGAGGAGGGGGGCGAGGGGAGGAGGGGAGAGCGGGGAGAGGUGUGAAGCGGUCGAGGCCGGUGUGGGUGCAGGUUAGGGAGAGGAAGCGGCAGCGGCGGGUGAUGGAGAGUGUGGCGCGUGACCUCACCACGUUCAGGAGCAUGGCGGAGAAAGGGCAGCCCCACGUGCACCGAGACGUGAUGGCGGACCGUGUGUUUAAGUCGGUGCAGGACGUGCAGUGCACGCCUCCCUACGAGACAUCUCUUGACCCCUGUCCCAAAUCCCCCCGUUCUUCUUCACCACCAGAAGCGGUGGCGAACAGUGUGUUCACAACACCCUACGCGGUGGCAGACAGUGUGUUCAAGUCAGUGCAGGACGUGCAGGCCCUCCCCUCUCUCACGGACGCACAGCGCGUGACGGCCAUCGACGCCUUCCUGCAGCGCCCCCUCACCGCCCAUGCCUUCCAGGCCAUGCGCCCCACCCUGCAGACCCUCUUCGCCCGCCGCGCCCACGCCCAGGCCGUUGACAGACAGCUCGACGGGAUUCAAGCCGCCGCUCCUGCUGGGGGGGAUGCGCCCCUCACAGACCAGCUCCUCGCCCCGCUGCAGGGCGGGGCUGGGGUGGGGCUGCAAGGCGUGCCUGGUGUGCCUGGUGUGGCUGGGGUGGCUGGUGUGCCUGGUGUGGCUGGGGUGGCUGGGGUGGCUGGGGUGGCUGGUGUGACUGCAGGUGUUGGGGAGGUGUGGGGGGGAUCGGGGAUAGGGGGAUUGGGUGGGGGUGGGGGUGUGGGGGGGAUGGGCGCAGGGGGUGUGGGAAUGGGGGGGAAUGUCGUGGGGGCGAUGGGGUUUGGGGCAACUGGGGCGGGGGGUGUGGGAACAGCGGGCUUGGGAACUGCAGGGAUGAGCAUGGUGGUUACAGGGAUGGGGGGAACUCUGGUGGGGGAAGCGCGUAUGGGGGGAGUAGGAAUGGAUCGGGAGGUGGGGGUGUGGCAGCAGCAGCCUCAGCAGGAGGAGCGAGGGGUGUACAAGGUGUGGGAGGGGUUGGAGGAGGAAGAGGAGUUGGUGGGAGAGGAGGGGUUGGACGGGCAGAGGGGCCAGGAGGAGCAGGUGGGUUGA